AUGAAGCUGCGACUGCACUUUGUGGUGGACCCCAUGGGCUGGUUCUGCCUCAGCAUGGUGCUGUUUGUCUGGCUCUACAACACUCUUUUCAUCCCUAAGCUGGUGCUGCUGCCACACUAUGCUGAAGGACAUAUACCAGGAGCACUAGUGGUCUGUUACUACCUAGCAUCACUCUUGUGUGUGUCUGCAUUGAUAAGGGCUUCUACAGCUGAUCCUGGGCGUCUUGCUCAAGACCCCAAAAUUCCUCUUGCAGAGCGUGAACACUGGGAGCUGUGCAAUAAAUGCAACAUGAUGAGGCCCAAAAGGUCACAUCACUGCAGCCGCUGCGGCCACUGCGUCCGGCGUAUGGACCAUCACUGUCCCUGGAUUAAUAACUGUGUUGGGGAAGAUAACCACUGGCUCUUUCUGCAGUUGUGUUUUUACACUCAGGUCCUGAGUCUCUAUACUCUGGUGCUGGAUUUCUGCCAGUACUACUACUUCCAGCCUCUGGUCUCAGUGGACCAGGAGCUGUUUGCGGUGCAUCAUGAGUUAGCGCUGUUGCGCGUGUCCUGCUUUAUGGGGUUGAUUAUGUUCGGAGGCAUGAGCAGUCUUUUCUACUCACAGAUCACAGGAAUCCUCGCUGACACAACCACUAUAGAGAAAAUGUCCCACUCCUCAGAUGGGAUCGGCGCACGGCGCUCCUGGCAGCAGUCUCUGGCUGAGGUGUUUGGCACUCGCUGGAAGGUCCUGUGGUUCCUGCCAUUCAGAAGCAGACGGCCGCUGCACUUGGACUAUGCCUCUAACUCUCACGUGUAGCCAGAUGGAUGAACACUGGGACACACGUCCUUUACACUCCUCUCUCCUCUACUCCACUCAGUCUCUUCACUGUGGCCUGAUGUUUCUGAGGUAUAAAAACUCCAAACGUCUUCAGGUUUUGCUCUGUUAGUGAACUCAGCCACAUAUAUUGGACCUAGUCCAAGGUUUAAGGCUGGUCACAUCUCACGUCUCAUGGAAUUAUUGGAGCCUACUUUUCAAUGUGGAAGAAGUACGUAUCGUUUGUUUGUUUGUUUGUUUGUUUGUUUGUUUUAUAUUGAAAGCUUUAUAAAUGGCCACCGAAUGUCAUGGUUUGUAUUCACUAUGUACGGACCGUCAGGGGUACGAUUGAAUUAAAGGGUUUGUUGUUUCCAGGGUAAUGCUCAUUAGUUUGAACGGGGCCCCGCCCCCUCCUCCUGGUUUGGGUUUGUGUGAGUGACUGGCAGGGAACAGUGGGCUCUGGGAGUUUUUAUCUAUGGCUUAGUGAGGCUGGUGGCUGAUGGCUCUAGAGGUGAGCCAUGACCUCUGGCAAAAGCUAAGGACAGUGCCAGACAGCCUGAACACUAACUCGGCACACAAAACGCACACACGCACACACACACACACACACACACACACACAGGCAGACAUAUCCUGUGCUAAAUCCUCAACUUGAAUCCGCUGGCAGCACUUUGCCCCAUUAAGAUGCAUUCCGUACGAUCACGUUUGUCAAAAACUUAUUUUUCACUUUUUUAUUUGUGCCUUUUGGCAUAUGUCAGAGACUUUGAGCUUAAGUUGCAUUUCUGCUCUGACUUAUGUGUAUUCUGCCAAAUUGAUUAGUUCAUAUUAAUUAAAUCAUAUAUCACUUUUAAAGCCAUUAUGCUAAUUUCUUGACUUUUUCAAGAUAUCAAAAAUAAGUGAAGAACAGUUUUGCCAUUGAUUUAUUUAUCCAAAAAAAAAACAGAAGUUUAUACAUAGUUAUCUGUGCUUUUGUCUCUAUUUUUUUAUAUAUGGGAUCUCUUAAUUCUAAUUGCCAAAUGUCUGAUCAAAUGUCUAAAUGUACAAUUGGCCUUUGAGUACUUUUUAAUAUACCACUCACUUAAUGUUAUUGACUAUAUUAUAGUUGCAUGUACGCUUUUAGAAAGUGCCAUAGAGGAACUACUAUUAGUUCCCUAAAAAACAUAUAUUAAAAAAAAAGAGAGAUCUGUGAGUGUGAACAACCUUUUAAAGGGUUGAAGAACCCCAUAACGUAAAGAAGGGUUUUCUUAAAACCUUUACAAUAUGUGGAGCUUUUUUAAACUUUAAAAAGCCGUUUUCACACACAUCUCAUUUAAAAAUAGUUCUCUCAGGAUCCUUCCAUUAAAAGGUUCUGUAGGGAACCAAAAGUGGUUGUUCUGUGGCAUUACCUAACCCUUUCUGACACCUUUAUUUUUAAGAGUGUGACAUAUUAAGAAGGGAAUGCUCUUCAGAACAUUAUACUCAGUCUUCAGAGUUAUAAAUAGUGGGUUUUAACCUACAGCAGUACUCCAGGGACCAGGGGACUUGGUUCUUUUAUUGGUCCGUAGCUCUUGUAUGCGCCAAGUCAAACUUUUAGUAAUUUUUUGAAGUGCCUCAUCACGAUCAGUCAUAUAUUUCAGUUCGAUUUGCCAUUUUUGAAUCAGUUUAUUAUGAAUGGCUUUUUGGGGUGGACAGUUUGAAAAAAAACUAUUUGAUCAUUUGGUAAAACGUUUUAAUGUUAUUAGCUUCACUUGCUUUUAAAGAAAAUUUUAAUGACACUUUCAGGUGUCUCAGAAAAUUUAAAUUGUAGUAUUACAACUUAAAAUUGUAGUACACUUACAGGUUAAGGAAAGCAUGUUCUUAUACCACAGUGUGCAAGAUUAAGUCUUCUGGUUGUGCUCAUAGUGCAUCCUUCAGCCCUAAUUUUAGGCAUGUUUGUGUCAUAUUUAUUUAGUGUACCUACUGUGGUGACAAGGCGUUUUUGUUUAAACCUGCUUUCGUAUAUGCACACUAGAAUGGAGCUGUUCAUGGCUUUGUUUAGGCAGUAAGGGUUAAGUAAGGCUUUUUUAAGUGUUGAUUAAUAAUGUUUUCUAACAAUUGUUGACUUCAUUUUUUUGAAGUUUCAGUUGUGAUUUUUAACUGUUUAUUUUAAGAGAGAAGUAUUUAUUGGGGAUAAAAUCACUGUCUGGAUGAGUAAUUACAUUGUUUCAGAACAAACCAGUCAAAGAUGUUGAUUGCUUAUGUUACCUAUUUACCCAGCCUACUGUAAGAAAUAUGAAAAAUGUCAUGUUAAUAGCAAAUCAAUUUCCAAAAACAUCCUAAGGACUGAUAAUUUUACAUGAAAUUUAUUUUACCUUCUGCAAAACUACACCUAUAACACUCUUGCUAUGAAGCACUCGCCUUACUACUUUAUGUUUUUGAAUCAGGUUAAAACUGUUUGUUAUUUUAAUGUGAUUUUUAAGCAAAGGGGCUAUAUGAAGACAAUACACGGUAAUAUACUGAAAUACUGGGUUUUUACCUGUGAUUGUAGGAAGUUAUCUUUUAGCAAUAUUACGUUUCUCUUUCUAACCGUUAGACCAUUCAAAGGCUACGAGUUUGAUGUUGGCUGCUAGGUGUAUUGCCCUGGAAUUCUUUACCUUGGCAGUUUUUGAGCAUUAUUGUUGUCGUACCAACAGAAGAGUUGGGCGAUGAACUAAAAUGAAUAGCGAUGUGAUCGUUUAGCUUAUUUAGUAGAUGCUGAAUGUACAUGGCACUGUAACGUACUGCACAUAUGUGAUGUGACAUUAAUUAUAGCAUGACUGUAAUAUUAUAUUACACUGAUAUUACAUUAUGUGAAAUAUGUACACCAUUCAUGGGAAAACACUUUAGCUCAGUGUAAAUGUGCUCAGAAGUGCAUACAUUUAGUAAAAGAUGUAGGCGUAAACUUGUAUUAUCACUGUAAAGCAAUAAGACCUGCUAGAAUUUUCUUCACUGUGUUAUAUACUACUGUACACAUGCUGACAUAUACUUAUCACGAGAAUUAGCAGAUAUGCGCAGGUAGCUAUUUGGUUUACGUCUGCUGUCAUUAACAGUGGAAACUACUUAAUUUACCCUCUCUCUGCACUAUUGUAAGGUCUUUAUUCAGGUCUAACACUACAUAAUCAUCAUAAUUCUUGGGGUAUUUUGCUUUUGGUUGUUUUGUGUUGAUUCUUUUCAUGUGGUGUGAAUCAAAAUGUUUGCCUUUAUUUUGUGAUUACAGGACUACACAGUAUAUAAUACAUGAAUUGUUAUUUAUUAGGGCAUUUUUUAAUAAAUGGUGUUUUGCAAACUCCAGGCA